UGUAAACACAAUGUAUAAUAUUGUGGUCAGAAAAAAUAGAGUUGUAAUCAGCGCCUAUUUCAGUCCCUAUUUAUGAUGUUGCAGUUAUAAUGCAGUAACCCUUUAUGCUACAGUACUGCCUGUGUGCUGUGAUAAAAAAAAAUACAGCGCCCUAUUACUACAAUAACAACUUACAGUACUGUUAUACUGUAAUAAAAUCACAGUAUUUUAUAGGUAAUGUGAUUAAAUUGACAGUAAGCGUGCUGUGGAGUUAAAUACAGCAACAUUUAUAGCUGAUCACUGUCAGUCAGUUAAUGUACAUUUCUGUGCUCUUCUCCUGAAGCACUCAGCAUGACAUCAUCACUGACAUCAUCACUGAACUAAGCAACGGCUCAGAAUGUUAUGUUUCAAUUGAUUGAUCCACAGUUUGUCUCUGAUCAGAUCAGAAUAAGACAAACUUACUUUUGCUCUGUGGUUUGAUUGCUAUUUUUGAUCAAUUUGAUCAAUUUUGGUGAACAUGAACAACUGGAGCAUCGUCACAGGACAUCCCUUGAUGCCUGGAGCGCAGUUUUAUUCAGACAGUCCUGAACUGUAUUUUGCUCCCCCUGUAUUGGGAUGCAUCAUGUCAGAUCCAGGUCAUCAUAUGGGCUCAGCAUCAUAUUCAGGGCUUUAUAUGCAGCCACACAUGAUGGACAUGAGAACUUGUGCUGCUCAACCUCUAUGUAUCAGACCUACGAUGUCUGGAGCACAAUUCGCUUCUGCCAGUCCUGAGCUCUUCAUGGAGCCACACAUGUGGGACAUGCGAGCUUGUGCUGCACAGCCGUUCUGCAUACCGUGUUGUUCAGCAGCUCAUCAGCAGAACCUCCUGAAUCUUCCUGACCUUGAUUUAAAGCAGGAAAAAGGGAGUGGUGCUAAACGGCAGAAGCGAGGAAAGAGGAAGAGAAAGAACAAGUCUGAUUAUGACCAAACAGCUGAGCCUCCACAUACCAAACACUGCGCUGAUUUCACUGCACAACCUGUGGAAUAUGAUGCCAUAACUACAUCUGAAGGGGAUAUCAUUUUCUCUGAGGAGAUUCUGGACAUGUUGUGUGCAAUCCCUGGAAUCUGGCAUUUGGCUGAAGAGAUGGGUUCAUAUUAAUUUUAUUAAUAAUCAUUUUAUUGUUGUUGUGUAAAUAAUAAAAUAUUUUUUCUGCAAACA